CUAUUCUACAGUGAGAAACUAUAACAUUGCCAGGUUUACAAACAGCCGACUUGUUUCGGACAUGGAUAUAUGAUCGUAAAUUUGACAAACGGAUAAAGCGUUAGCUUUGCGGAUAUAACGUUGGACCAAUGAGUUUGUAACAAUCUGGAACGUAAGAAUACUUUCCCUCAGAAGGGAACUGGACUGCCUUAAUGCAACUUUUUUGGAAAGAGACCAAGAGCAUCUUUUCGGAGCACAACAAGAAAACCAAUAACGGUGACACCACGCUUUUUCCGGGAACUGUAGGUUUCUCGGUCUCUCUCGGCCCCGUUGGGGAGAUGUACCAAGGGUUUCCAGGUGACCUUGAUACCGGUUCCCCUGGAAGUUCGUCUCCAUCUAUUGAGUCUCAGUACCUUUCAUCAGUGGACUCCUUCGGGAGCCCGCCGACCACCAGUGCCCCACAGGAUUGCGUGUCCACUGGAGGCGGUGUUGGGGGAGUGGGCAGUGGGCCCGGGGGCAGCAUUGGAGGAGUGGAGAUGCCUGGCUCCUUUGUGCCCACAGUCACAGCCAUCACCACCAGCCAGGACCUGCAGUGGAUGGUGCAGCCAACGCUCAUCUCUUCCCAGGCCUCUGGGCAGAGUGGUACAGGGACCUCCACCAUGACCCAGCCUGGGUCCCUGGUCGACCCCUAUGACCUGCCUGGAACCAGCUACUCGGUUGGGUCUGGGUUCACUCCCCCUAGGUGCGUCACCCCGGGGUCAGCCCCGGGCCCCGUACGCCAGUCUAGGACCCGCAGCCGGCGCACAAGGGAAGAGUCUGUGAGUGACGAUGGAGAUGUUGGUGUGUUUCUGACACCUGAGGAGGAAGAGAAGAGGCGUGUCCGCCGUGAGAGGAACAAGCUAGCUGCUGCCAAGUGUCGGAACCGACGGCGUGAACUCACCGACAGACUGCAGUCGGAGACCGACAUUCUCGAAGAGGAGAAAGCAGAACUGGAGGCAGAGAUCUCAGAGUUGCACAAGGAGAAAGAGCGCUUGGAGUUUGUCCUGGUGGCCCACCAGCCCGGCUGUAAGAUCCCCUACCAGGAGCAGCAGGCUCAGCUCCCCCCGGCCCCAUCCCAGCUCCCUCCCCAGGCUCUACAGCCAGUCUCCAUCCUGGGCUUGACUGUGAAGGAGGACACUUUCUACCUGCCUCCAGCCUACUCCUCGCACCCUUCCUCCUCGCAGCCUCAGCAGCAAGUUCAGCCGCAGCCUCAGCAGCAAGUUCAGCCGCAGCUCCAGCAGCCUGGGAUGAUGCAGGAGGUAGCCUUUUCUAGUUCUUUCUAUGGCUCGAGCGAGCCGGCGCCGGGCGGGCCGUGCCUGGUGGACGGUGACGGUGGUGGUGUUAACCGUGGUGGUGCGUCCGCCGGCAGCUACAACCACUCAUACACAUCCUCAUUUGUGUUCACCUACCCAGAGGGAGCCUGCGGGGUCAGCGCUAACCAGAGGAACAGCAGCAGCGAGCAGUCAUCCGAUUCUCUGAACUCGCCUUCGCUGCUGGCGCUCUGACUGACCGACACAGACAUGCACACACCAGACACACAAACCUACACCAGAGGUUGAGGCAGAACAUUUGACAAACACCUUCUUGUCCGUCAGAAUGCAAAAAUGUCUCUCACAGAACAUUGAAUUGGCCUAUGCAUACAUGUUGAGACACACAGACAAAACUUGAAAUCAGACCAGUGUCAACCAUUUUGAAUUUAGAGCAUCCAUAUUGACUUGUGGUUCUUAUGAAGUCCCAACUAUAUAUUUCCCGAAUACAAACACCAGACACACAAACCUACACCAGAGGUUGAGGCAGAACAUUUGACAAACACCUUCUUGUCCGUCAGAAUGCAAAAAUGUCUCUCACAGAACAUUGAAUUGGCCUAUGCAUACAUGUUGAGACACACAGACAAAACUUGAAAUCAGACCAGUGUCAACCAUUUUGAAUUUAGAGCAUCCAUAUUGACUUGUGGUUCUUAUGAAGUCCCAACUAUAUAUUGCCCGAAUACAAAUUUUAAGUGAAUUCAAAUUGAGUCACAAAGCCUGGGCUCUGAACGGUCAGUCGAUUGAUAAAAAAAUCCUCUGACUGAAUACCCAGAUUCAUUCACAAUGAAUAUUUUAACGUCUUUUAAUGUAUGUGUACAGUACAUAUAGUAAAUGGUCACGCUCACCCCGUUAUCUCACAAGCAGAUUUAUCCUCCCCUCGUUCCCCCUGUUGGUCAUCCCUCCCUCACUGCCCCUGCUCUCAUCUUUCCCAUCCUUCUCUUCAUGCUGAAUGUGAUUGUGCAAGCUGAAUAAGAGAAGAAGAAAGUCUUGGUUUGGGGUCUUUUUGGGGGGUCUGUUGCUCACCCCUCCCUCCUCAUCCCCUCGGCUCCUCCCGCUUCUUCAUUGGCUGGGACUUGGAAAGUAGAGCCUGCUCUGUGCAGACCGGGCUAUCUCGCUCGAGUCUCUCUCUUUUUCCUGACUUCUCGUGCCAACUCCUCGUCCAUCUCCCCAUAUCUGUUUCUCUCCUCUUUUUUUUAUGUGUCCCUCUCUCUGAAGUCUUCGACCCCUGAGAGCCCGAGGACACCCACCAGCCCCUGGGACCUUGACUGAGUGCCAGCCCACCUCACACGCCCCCUCGUCCCGUCCCGUCCCCCCCCCCCCCUACAAACGGACGCACCCCCCUACAGAGGAGCCUUGAAGUGUUUCACUGAAAGCAGAUCUUUAAAACAAAACCAAGAAGGAACGUCCAUUACGCACACAUGCACCUACAAAUGUUAGGAGAAAAUGUUAAACGAAACUAAAAACCACAAAUUCAGGGCAGAUGCCACUCUGUUCUUUCUCUUCCUGAGCCAUUGAUGUUAAAAAGUUGGUGGUGAGAGGGAACCUGUAAUGUGAUGGUGAGUUGAGAAUGGAACCAGUGAGGGAGGGAGUAAAGAGGCUAUGCUGAGGCAAAGAGACCCAGUGAGAGUGUCUAACUCUCAGGCAGAGAGUGUGGAGAAUUCCCUUUUGGGGCCUGACCAUGGAGCUCUGAACAUUAUACCAAGCAAAAAAAGAAAUCCUGCUCUUGCCAACUGUGUGGAUGGGACACCUCUUACUCUUAGCCUGUGUGAUACCGAUCUCCCAACCGCCAAGCCUCAUUGCCCCAGGACCACCCCCAUAAUCACAACAUCGCUUGUAAGUCUAUCAAUGUCCAGUUACAGCUUGAACAAUGUUAUAAACACUUCUGUUAUCACAAAGUAUUUUCCGUUGUUGUUUGGUUAUAUGUACAGUGUAAGUGUUACCUUUGACAGCUAAAACAAAAAACCUUGUUGGAUUGAAGAAAAAAAAAACUUAAAAGAGGUGAAUAUUGGUUUGACCAAGAGCCUUUUUCUUUCAGACUGACAGAUCGGUCUGUUAGCUCUGUAGAUCAUAAGAUGUGAACCUAGGUGUUAAUCUGAAACAGAGAAACAUGUUAGGGAUGUUCAUACUGCCUCUAAGCGUUGGGUCAGGUGGUCUCUUGUGCUCUCCCUAGUAUCCUCCCCUUAGAGGACUAGAGGUCUGGGGGGCACGUUUAUUGUGAGUGUGUCCACUCAAAGUCACCUGGCCCAUUUCUUUCUUUCUUUAUAGAGGUUAAUAUAAUGAAAGUGAGCACAAUAAAAAUUAUUUGGAAGACAAGAUACAAUAUGAGAUUAUGUAUUAAGGAUGUGUGUUCUCCAUUUGCCUGUGAAUUUGUUUGAAAAUUUGUUUUUCAGAGUGUAAUUUGUAAUAUUGUUUUGGUUACUGCUUUGUCCUCAACUCUUACCCGUACUGUUGUUGCCAAACAAAUGUUCAUUCAUUUGUAUUUUUUAUAUAGGGAAUAGCUCCCUGUAACUGUUACUAUUGUUAUUGCAGUGUAACUAAAAUUGUAUUAUUUUAUGUUUUAUCUUCUGGUUUGGCAACUUCAGAAGCAUGUUGUGCACUAUGAAAAAUACUUAUGUGUCAAAAUACAUAAAAGCCUAUAUGCAUAUAUACAUUAUAUAAAGAAAGCGUAUGUAUAGGCUACGUGUAUGUACCAUGAUUGUAAAGUAUGAAUGUUUGCAAAAUAUAAAUGGGAUAUUUUUGACAAUGAAGAAUACGAGGUGAGCUUGUUGACAUUUUAAAAUUGAUAUUUUUCUAAAAGAACCAUUAACUAUAAUAAAAUACUCCGGCUUUCCCCAAACAUGAAGCGCAAUCUCAUCGCCUGUGCUCAUGUGUAUUUAUAUGUUUUAUAUAUAAAGCACAUUAUCCAGGAAUAUAUCCAACACAUUCUUUGUAAUGCCGGACGUUUGUAUGAUGAAAUCAAUGACGUGGUGCUGUUGCCUUUGCUUUUUACAAUGGCCUGUUUUUUGUUUUCUUUCCUGUGAGGUCUGUCCCAGAGUCAUUUCCUCCAAUGAUUUCGUAAAUACUCAUCAGAGCCAACGUGAGGAAUGUGGUAUGAUGUGAUAAAUGGACAUUAAAGUAUCAAGGAUUCGAAAUGCAUAAAUUCAAUGUUAAUUUGAGAUUUGUUUUAUUUCGGAGUGUGCAUUUUCACUCAUCAAAGUGCUGUUUGACAAGAACAGGAGGUGUAUGCUAUAGAUUAAAACAAGAUUUUGAAUAAAACACUCUUAACAUUAAGAAUAUACAUGUAUAUAUUUGUAUAAAUGUAUAAGAUUUGGAUAAUGAAUUAAAGUUGUAUGCACACA